CCCAGGCCGCGGGCAGCGACGGUUUGGCGUGUGAGCGGCGCCUGCGCGAGAGGGCGCGCGGGGCUUCCAGCACUUUCUGGCCGUCCCCCUGAGAGCCGUUGAGAGCGAGCGGGCGGGCGGCCCGGGCCGUCACUGAGCUGCAGUCCAGUCAGUCAGUCAAGUCAGUUAGUUAAGUCAGGUUAUUUGUUUUAUCAACACUUAUGGCCAGACCCGCAAGAUCAAAAAGAGUUGUCGAUUAUUCACAGUUUGGAGACUUUGAUGAUGAAGAUGAAGAUUUUGCAUGUUCAUCAGCCCCUCCAAGCAAAAAGUCACGUGUAAAAAUUAAAGAGGUUCAGCAGAAAAAGGAAAAAAUCAUCACAAAACCUAACAGUCAAGAAACUAACAAGAAGCCAAUUCAGCAAAGAUUGCCACUUGAUGAAAAGCUUUACCAGAGGAAUUUGGAAACUGCCAUGGUGCUAUCAAUGCAGACAUCAACUGGGAAAGUUAAUGAGGCUUCUUCAGACAAGGAAGGUGCAAGUAUAAAUGAAUCUCCAUUACUCUCCAACUGCACGGUAGACUGCAAUUUACUGGGACUGGAUAAGAUUACAAAUGAAAAUGAAGUGCCCUCAGUUGGAUGUAAACAGAGGGAAGCAGCUUCCAAAGCCGCAUCAAAGCAGAGACAAAUUCUCUUGGAUGAUGAAAGUAGUGAAGGUGAAAAGGAUGAUGAAAACGCUCUUGAUUAUUCACCAAGCUCAGAAAACAAUGAAAAUGUAACUAGUGGAGAUGAAGAUGAUCAAUUCAUAUUUAAAAAUCAAUCAAAUACAAACAAAAAGAUAAGAAAUGAAACAAAAUUACAAACUGAGAAAAAAGGGAAGACUUCCAUACCCAAGAAUAGUGCUACGGUGGCACCUGUAGCUUCUAACCCAGUAAGAAGCAAAAUACAAAUUCUUCCAUCAUUAUCAGAGGCAACACCAGAUUCUCCACCAUCCUCUAAACCAUUGAGCCCAUCUAUUGGAGUGACAAAACUGAAGUGGACUCCACCAGCCACUAAAGAAAGCAGGACUAAUUUGUCAGCCACUGUUUCUGUUAAAAGUCCAGGCCAAGGCCUUCGAUUAGGCCUGUCUCGGUUAGCCAGAGUGAAACCCUUACAUCCCAGUUGAAGAUGGUUUAAAUGGAGUUUGGAAGAAAGAUGAAUCUUGCUCCUUUACUUGCCUAUUCAUGUGUUUCUAGUAGUGCAAGAAAAAGCAACCACCAGAAAUUAAGAACUGAAGUGUGUUUUUAAGUCUCCUACAGAAAUGUUGGUGAUGAAUUUUAGAUUACAAAUAAUGUGUUGUACAAUACACCUCUAUCUUACCAGACUCCAGGUGUCUGAAAUUUGAACCUCACUGGAUCGAGCCUAAAACAAGUUUUUCCAUGGGUCCAAAAUUUGCUUAUUCGCUAUCUUUUGCUCACGGGAUUCAAACAAUUACAAUACUGGUACUGACAUUUGCCGGCAUUUUUUAAAAAUGCUGCUAAUUACACUUCGCAGGAAAUUCCAGCUCCCACCCCCUCCAUUAGUCCGCCUAGACAGGGUUUAAGUGUAUUAACAAUUAAACUGUGCAAGAGGUUUGGAUAUUUAUAACCUUUCAACUCUGACAUGGAGUAAUUAAGCCCUGACUGAAGGAUGGAAAUCUAAAUUCUUCUCUUUGUGAUUAUUCUAACAGAGCCCUUAACAACAAUCUCAAUCCUAUUCGUUCCAGAAAUGAAUCUGCAUUACAAAAAUAAUCUGUUUAGAGAUGUUGAUUGGAUGCAUAACUUCUUGAUAUGUUUAUAGUCUUGUCAAUUCCCUUUGUCAAUUGUUUCGAAGUGUAUAUUUUAACAAAUAUUAAUGUUUGCAAACAGUUGAUGUUUAUUAAUAUGAACAUUGAAAGAAUCUGAUUUAUCAGAUUGCUCUUAUUAUUGAACACUGGCACUGAAUUUAUGGCAGACAACAAUUCUUCUAUUAUAACUCCACUGUGAACCACUUUCUCCGUAAUGAGUGUCCACUGUAUUUCACUAUAGGUUUGGAACAAAUAACCAAUUUGUUUUCCCAAAUGCAAAGGUAGUGUAGUGUGAAAAGGCUUGUGUCAGUUUGGUAGCAUUGCUAUCUCUGAAUCAGAAGCUUAUCAGUUCAAGCUCACGUCAGUGCUUUGAAUUCUUAUUCCUACGCAGACACACCAAUAAAGUUCUGGGGAAUCGCUGCAUUUUGGAGGUGUCGUCCUUUGGAUGAAACGUUAAACUGUAGUUCUGUCUAGCUGUCAAAUGGAUGUUAAAGAUCCCAUGGCACUCAGAAACUAAAGAGUUUCUCACUGUGUACUGGCAAACAUUCUCCAGAUAAAAUUGUUUAAUCACGUUAUGGCUAUUUGUGGGACAUUACUGUGUCAUAUUGGCUGCUGUGACUGCAUUCAAAAUACAUAGCUACUACACUUUACAGUAAACCUUGUUAAGCGCUUGCAAAUUAAACGAUGCAAUAUCAAAUGCAAAGAUCAUAAUUAAAAGGUUUUAUUUUUAAUGCAGAGAACAGAGGGUCUACAAUAGGACAGUAGGAAAAAAACUAUGAUCUUCACAGUUCUCUAUUAAGUAUUUCUUUAUGAAACAUGUAAAGGAUAAUUUUAUUUAAAGGCUGUUUUAAAAUCAAAAGUAAUGUUGAUUCUUCAUGUGUACAUAUUAGUAUGUGGCAUACUAAUUGUCUCCAAGUCGUUUUAUGACUUUUUCUCAAUAGUGCCAUGGAGGUAUUUUAUACUACAUGUAACUCAUGCUUGCACAACAAAACCAUGAAAAUAAAUCACACAUUUGCUACUUCCAGCAUUUAGAGACAUUAACUUGUUAGUACCCUAUCUGAAUGUCAUAAUAAUAAUUGUGGCAAAAAAAUGGAAUAGUUUCAGUUCUGACCACAUAUAGAUUGGAUUUUCACAUUUCUGAAAGAAUUCUUUGGUCAAAAAGGCAUUAAUAUAAAUAUUCAAAUAAUAAAAAAUCAGUUUUCCCACAAUUUCAGGAUAUAAAAAUACUUUGUACUCUACUUCAAAAUUAUUUUAGCUAAUUAUUUUGAUCACCUCGUAUGUUAGAGGCAAACUAGGACUUGAUUUACUUUUUACUGGUGAAAUGUGGCAAUAAAAGUUAUUCAAUUUCAA